UCUAUUUGUUUGUGUGCAAAAGUGGGUAAAUUGUCUACUUUGCUGCUUGAUGGACCCUUCAAUAUCAAAAUCUAUGUGCCAAGAUUUUUGCAGAAACACAAUUUUGAGAGUAAAGCUGAGGCUUUUUUCAUCUUUAGAUGACAACUAAGUGACUGAAAUGUGAAAGUAAAGGAUAAUUAUUGGAUUGGUAUUAGCAAUACUUUUUUGUUAUAGGUGAAUUUUCUGCUUGAUGGACCCGUCAAAAUCAAAUUAUUUCUUGCAGAAUUAUAAUCCAGAUGUUAAAGUUGGGGAGGAAGAAGUUAUUGUUACGAGCUCAGAAUCUUGAUUGUGAAAGUGAGGAACAAUUAAUAGUGGAUCAAAUGGAUUUGAAGAAAGAAUUUCCUGCAUUGAACACGAAUCUAUACCCUUCUAUAGAGCCAUAUAGUACUGGGUUUUUGAAAGUUUCGGACCUUCAUACUAUAUACUGGGAGCAGUCAGGACAUCCUAAUGGCCAUUGUAUACAGUCAUUUCGAAAAUUAGUUCCAUAUUUGCAGCCAGUAGUUUUUCUUCAUGGAGGCCCUGGAGGUGGGACUUCACCAAAUAACAGGAGGUUCUUUGAUCCUGGCUUCUACCGAAUCAUUCUGUUAGAUCAGAGAGGUGCAGGUAAAAGCAAGCCUCAUGCUUGCUUGGAGGAGAAUACAACAUGGGAUCUUGUUGGGGAUAUUGAAAGAUUAAGAGAGCACUUAGAGAUUCCAGAAUGGCAGGUAUUUGGUGGUUCAUGGGGAAGCACUCUCGCUCUUGCAUACAGCAUAUCACAUCCUGACAAGGUUACUGGUAUCAUUCUCAGAGGAAUAUUUUUGUUGCGGAAGAAAGAAAUUGAUUGGUUUUAUGAGGGUGGAGCUGCUGCAAUAUUCCCUGAUGCUUGGGAGCCAUUCAGAGAUCUGAUUCCAGAGAAUGAAAGGAAGUGUUUUGUUGAGGCCUACCACAAGAGAUUAAAUUCCGAUGACCUAGAAACACAGUAUGCAGCAGCUAGGGCAUGGACUAAAUGGGAAAUGAUGACUGCUCAUCUUCUCCCAAAUGAAGAGAACAUAAAGAGAGGAGAUGCUGAUGAUUUCUCCUUGGCAUUUGCAAGGAUUGAGAACCACUACUUUAUCAAUAAGGGCUUCUUUUCUUCGGAUUCUUUCCUUCUAGAUAAUGUUGAAAAGAUAAAGCAUAUCAAGACAACAAUUGUUCAGGGAAGAUAUGACGUUUGCUGUCCAAUGAUGUCAGCAUGGGAUCUUCAUAAAGCUUGGCUGGAGGCAGAGUUCAUAGUAAGUAAUAUGUGAUUUGCUAAGUUAAGU